GCAGCAGCAGCAACAAUGGUGCACCGCGUCCCCUUUAAGACCGUUUCGGAAUAAUUAAUGACGUCGAGCUGUAAACACGACUGACGCUCAGCUGCGUGGUCGAAGCAUCCUCAGACCAGGAGCCAGAGACCUCUCAAGGUUCCAGUGUCAAUCCCCGACAGAAGCGCCGAAAGACACCGACGACACAGCCGCUCUUCACAUCGACUCUCAUAUGCAGUCUCCAAAACCCAGACGACGGUGCUGCAUCUGUCCUACCAAGUGCCAUGGCUAGAAAGACGGACAUCCCCCCCUCCUCUUACUAUGGUGAGCCACGCAGGUUUGACCCAAACUUCAGAGGACCUGUCCAUGAGAGGAGCUGCACUGAUGUGGUUUGCUGUGUUGUCUUCGUCAUUGUCAUCCUUGGCUACAUCGCUCUGGGCACUGUGGCCUGGAUCCAUGGUGACCCCAGGAAGGUUGUCUACCCGACUGACAGCCAUGGUCAGUUCUGUGGCCAGAAGAACACGCCCAAUGCAAACAAAGCCAUAUUAUUCUACUUUAACAUGUUGAAAUGUGCCAAUCCUACAGUUUUAAUUAACCUCCAGUGCCCUACAACCCAGCUCUGUGUCUCUAAGUGCCCUGACAGAUUUGCUACUCUCCUGGAUUCAUGGAAUACCAAAAACUGGGAAUAUUACAAGCAGUUCUGCAAGCCAAGUUUCACAGUUGGAAGUAAGUCAGCGAUGGAAGUCAUACGAGAUGAAGACUGCCCGUCCAUGAUUGUGCCAAGCAGACCUUUCCUUCAGCGGUGCUUCCCAGAUUUUAUUACAAGAAAUGGAAUUUUAACUGUAGCUAAUCAGACCAUCUUCAAAGACGGGGACAAUAACAAGAGAAGUGUCAGAGACCUUAAAGAUGCUGCCAAAGGCAUCGCCAGCCUGCUUAAUGCCAAAGAAGUUGGCAUGAAGAUUGUUGAGGAUUAUGCAAAUUCCUGGCGCUGGAUCCUAAUUGGUUUGGUGAUAACCAUGGCAAUCAGUCUGCUCUUCAUCCUACUGCUGCGCUACACUGCUUGUGUGCUCCUGUGGCUCAUUGUGUUUGGUCUCCUCACUGCCGUUGGUUAUGGUAUCUGGCACUGCCACUGGGAGUACAGGUCUCUGAGCAGGAAACCAGGUGCAAAUGUCACCAUCUCUGACAUCGGCUUUCACACAGACUUCAGUGUUUACCUUCAUCUCAGCCAGACGUGGCUCAUUUUCAUGAUCAUACUGUCAGUGGUUGAGGCCUCCAUUGUGAUAAUACUGAUAUCGCUAAGGACAAGGCUGCGGAUCGCUGUUGCAUUACUAAAGGAGGGAAGCAAGGCCAUUGGCUACAUCAUGUCCACUCUGUUCUACCCUGUCUUCACCUUUCUUCUGCUGGCCAUCUGCAUCGCUUAUUGGGCUGUAACAGCAGUCUUCUUAUCGUCAUCUGGUCAUGCAGUCUAUAAAGUCACACCUAUUGAUGAUAAGUGCAUGUAUGCCAACCUCACAUGCAGUCCAAAGACCUUCAAUCAGAGCAACAUCACCAAAGUGUGCCCCGGGUCACAGUGCAUGUUCGCCUUCUACGGCGGGGAGAGUGUAUACCACCGCUACAUCUUAGUCCUCCAUCUGUGUAACUUGUUCGUGUUCCUCUGGUUGGUCAACUUCGUCAACGCCUUGGGCCAGUGCACACUGGCCGGGGCCUUUGCUUCCUAUUACUGGGCCCUGAAGAAGCCUAACGACAUCCCUGCCUGCCCCCUCUUCACCUCAUUCAGUAGGGCCAUACGUUAUCACACAGGUUCCCUGGCCUUCGGUUCUCUGAUUGUAGCUGUGGUGCAGAUGGUCCGAGUUGCUCUGGAGUACCUGGAUCACAAACUGAAAGGUUCACAAAACUCCUGUGCUCAGUUCUUGCUCUGCUGCCUCAAAUGCUGCUUCUGGUGCCUGGAGCGUUUCAUACGGUUUAUAAACAGAAAUGCAUACAUUAUGAUGGCAAUAUAUGGGAAGAACUUCUGCACCUCUUCAAAGGACGCUUUCUUCCUGUUGAUGAGGAAUGUGAUUCGUGUGGCUGUCCUCGACAAGGUGACAGACUUUCUGCUCUUCUUAGGAAAGCUGCUCAUCACAGGAAGUGUUGGUGCUUUGGCAUUUUGCUUCUUCACACGUAAAAUACCAGCUAUUCAAGAGGAGGUGCCGUCGCUAAAUUAUUACUGGGUACCCAUCGUGACGUUGAUAUUUGGAUCUUACAUGAUUGCACAUGGCUUCUUCAAUGUGUAUGCAAUGUGUGUGGACACGCUGUUCCUGUGCUUUUUGUGGGACCUGGAAGUGAACGACGGCUCUGCUGUCCGGCCCUACUACAUGAACACGACCCUGAAGAGCAUCUUCAACCGGAGAUCAAGACCUAAGUCUUGCAGUUGCCAUUUGCUACCACAUGGUGGUGCCAGUCGUUACCAGACCUUAUGCGUGUGCAGUUGUUGAGCCAAAUGCAUUUCUUUUUUCUGCCAUGAAAUAGUCUAUUGUGAACUCUUCUGUGGAUUUUAAGCACAGUAUAUUUAAUACUUUAGUCUCACAUUGAGAGCAACAUGUUGAUGCAUAUUGUCAACUUAUGUCAUGUUUUUCUGUGCAGUGUUUCAGUUGUAUGGGCCUCUUUUUUUUUCUAAUGAGAUUUGAUUUUGCAGCCACGUAGUUUACAUUUACAUGUUUCUGUUUGUGGGACAGUCGCUAACAACAGAGCAAAAAUCAAAUGUGAAGGUGAAAAUGAAGAGAUGUCAUAGGUUUGUUUUGUUGUUUCCAAUGAGGCAACCAGUGUGUGAUCAAGCAGCAAAAACAUGUGACAUACGUACUGUUUCUUUAGUUUUUAAGCUGGUCUUAAAACCAUCAAAAUGUUGGUCAUUAGUUUCAGAGGAUUAAAAUGCAGCUAUUAAACAUGUUUACUUGAUUAAGAUUUCAAAAAUGGCCAUAACAUCCUCAGAAUCUAGUGUUUCAUUCACACCAAACUCAGUGUAAGGUUUUUGUCACUAUGUAGUCACCUCUGACACAAGACAACGACAACAACAACAACAACAACAACUCACUAACGCUGGAUUAUAUACAGCAACAAACAGACUCUCCACUAAAAUGCAGUGAUUUGAGAAGUUUGUGUGGUCCUUGCAGCUUCAUCCGUACAGAGGGUGAAUCUAUAAUGACCUGACCAUGACAUUUUACAAAUCAGAUUAAUUUACUGGGUGUUAAAAACCUACUCUGCUUCUAUGAUUUUCUAACACAACAGCUAUGUGAACAAAACAGUCAUGGGAAAAGAUGCACUUUUGUAGAUUUGUCAGUUUGAGAAAUCCCGUGCAGUUCAGCUGAAGAUUGUUGUUUCUUGGAGCCAGAAUCCAGAUUAUGAUCGACUUUCUUUGUAUUGUAUAAAAAAGAAAUGACACACAGCAUGUGCAGCAGGCUAUUAUUAAGCCAAACAAGAAGAGCUCUUGGCACAUUUUGCACUUGGAGUCCUUGUCUCCUCCACGUAUGAAACCUGCGAUGAGGUCAUCGUAUGCGUCACUUUGUGCUGUACGCCACUGACCCUCUGAUCUCUGAGAUGCGACUGGUGUUUGUGAGGCUUCCUGUUGUGUUUGUCAGACCUCCUGCCCCCAUGGUGCCUCGGAGUGACAGCACACAGGCAGAUUUACACACUGUCUACCCCUGUUUGAGCUCGACACGCUGGGACACGCACAACGUUAACCAUUCAAUAAAAGCAAAAACAACUCGUACACACAAACUUGUUGUGCGUAUGAAAGAGGAGACACUGUGCGUGUGGCGCUCAGUUUGGCCUAUUACACUUGCAACAUGUCACUAUUCAAUAUUUAUGGGCUGGAAACUACUGUUCUCUCAGUUGUUGAUGUUUCUGUGCACAAAACUCAGGUUCAGUUUCAUUCUCAUGAGAGUGAAUACCUGAGAUCUGAUAAGGGGAGUAAAAACUGUUUUUAUAUGCUUCCCUCUCCCUCCCACGUCUGGAAAUUAGAUUCUUUUGGUCAACCACAGUCAACAAGUACACACAAGUAAAACUUCUCUCUUUGUUGGAAUGGGCGUCAGUUUUCUAUCUGCAAACUGUUAAAAAUAAAACUCUCGAGAUGCAGCGCUUUAAGCAGAAAAAAACAAGCUAUACACCAGACCAGGGGAAGAAGUGAACCUGCAUUAACAAAGGCUUUUGUUUUUUUGUUUUCUGAAAUACACUUUGGCGUCAUUUUUGGAUCAUUCCCUGAACAAUUUCAUCAAAUUCUAGGAAAUAACUUCAAAGAAGAGCUUUUUAAUAUCCCAUAGAAUGAAAUUUAAUGCCAACUCCACAGCCGUAACAGUCAAGAGGAUGACUUUUGGACAUAACUGCCUAUAAUCUGUAACACUUUGUGGUCUUGCAGGGAAAUUAUUUGUAUAAUACUUUGCACAAUACUAUUUUAUGUUGGCAUUAAAAGCUCAAAGCUAUUUUUACGUUAACCCUUAAACACCGAGCGCAUCACCGACGACACAAGUGCACGUGUAAGUGCACGUGUAAGUGCAGUACUUACACGACAGCUAAGUUUCUGAAAGCUGAGAAGUUGCACAUUAAAGCCGACAUGUGGUUAUUACGGUAAUUUCACUCACAGUGUUGAAGGAAUUUUGCUCAUUCUUGCCAUUGUCUGAUAUUUAUUUACAAAAGUAAAGCUAUUUCUUAAAAGAAUAUAUCGCAUGUGCCUGUAUAUUCAGUAUAAAACAGAUGUGUUUUGGUUUUUUAAAAUUGUGUUUUUGUCAAUAAAGUUUUUCUACACACCGUG